UAGAUGACCAACAAGACAAGCUUGACUGCAAACCGAACAGCAGUAGCAAGUGCAGACUGACUUAAAGCUAACGUCAGCUAUACGAAUAUUAUUCACCCCAAUUUGGGGGCUUUGUCAGUCCUUGCUUAGCUAGCUUGUUCAAGGCUGACUUCACUGGCCAAACAUGCAGAAAUAUGAAAAGCUUGAAAAAAUCGGAGAGGGGACUUAUGGGACCGUGUUCAAGGCUAAAAACAGAGAAACCCACGAAAUUGUGGCUUUGAAAAGGGUCAGGUUGGACGACGAUGAUGAGGGAGUACCAAGUUCUGCUCUGAGGGAAAUCUGUCUUCUGAAGGAACUAAAGCAUAAAAACAUAGUCAGACUACACGAUGUUUUGCACAGUGACAAGAAGUUAACCUUGGUUUUUGAAUACUGUGAUCAGGAUUUGAAGAAGUAUUUUGACAGCUGCAAUGGGGAUCUAGAUCCUGAAACUGUGAAGUCGUUCAUGUACCAGCUGUUGAAAGGCCUCGCUUUCUGUCACAGUCGAAACGUUCUUCAUAGAGAUCUGAAGCCGCAGAAUCUCCUCAUCAACAGAAAUGGAGAGUUAAAGCUGGCUGACUUUGGGUUGGCUCGAGCUUUUGGCAUUCCUGUGAGGUGUUACUCAGCAGAGGUGGUGACAUUGUGGUACCGGCCUCCAGAUGUGCUGUUUGGUGCUAAACUUUAUUCUACCUCUAUCGACAUGUGGUCUGCUGGUUGCAUAUUUGCAGAGCUGGCUAAUGCAGGAAGGCCUUUAUUCCCUGGCAACGAUGUGGAUGACCAGUUGAAAAGAAUCUUCAGAUUGUUGGGUACACCAACUGAAGAACAGUGGCAGACAAUGACAAAACUCCCAGAUUACAAGCCAUAUCCCAUGUAUCCAGCCACCACCUCACUGGUGAAUGUGGUCCCCAAACUAAGUAGCACGGGACGGGAUCUACUUCAGAACCUGUUGAAAUGUAAUCCUGUCCAGAGGAUCUCUGCAGAAGAGGCCUUGCAGCACCCUUACUUUGCUGAUUUCUGCCCACCAUAAAUGCAAAAUUGCCUCUCACUGAACUUCAGCCACCAAAAUCAAUCAUCCUUCACUCUGUUGGGUCAUUAGGACCGGUCCCAACAAGGCAAAUCCCUCGCCGGUUUUCAAACACUCCCCUGCAGUUCAUUCUGUUGUGCCUCUGUGUGGAACAAAGCCCUCGUGGCUCUGCAAAGGUUUUAGGUUCUUUUAAGCCGAGAGCCUGUUUAGUUUGGUACAUCCAUGCCUCCCAGUUAAUUAGCACAAAUUCAGGAGGGUGUAUUGAAUACAUUUUCUUCCUGUGGAAAUGUUUUUUUUUUAACAAAAAGCCCCUCUGCUCCAAAAAUGAUCAAAUAAACAUGUUCUGAUUUAUUUCUGACUUUUAAACAGUUUAUUGUGAAGGAGACACGCUCUAAGAAUCUGUGGUAAUCUCAUUUGGUGGAUUAAUGUUGAGCACCUAAAAUGCGUAAUAUACCACUUUCUCAGACAGCCUUUCGAAAAUUACGUCCUUGUUUUGAUGUUUUGCAAAGCAGUUUUACCCACUAGAAUCCGUUUUUACAAGUCUUAUCAUUUGUGGAAAGAAAAACGGGAAACACGAUGACAUCGAUCAACACAAAGCUUAUAGAAACACUUCUGAUGGGAAUCACUUAUUUUAUUGAGGAGUUGGGGCAAACACGUAAUUAUGGCACGUUUCUAAAUUCAUAAUCUAAAAAUAUGUUUGGCUUUUCUGCUCUGCCUUUUGUUACCUAAUAGCUGUCAUAAACACAGUUACUGAGAACUUUGAUAAGUUAAUAUUAACAAAUCCAAAGUAGUUAUCCACAGGUUCCUGGGGCAGCUAAUGUUAAUAUUUACCAGAGGUUUAGAUAAAUUGACCUGCCGGUUAAUAGUCACAAGUAAGCGCUUCAUUUGAAAAUUGCAAAGGUUUAAGUAAACUUUCCCCGCUCAUUUAUGAUAUUUUUGGAGCACAAGUAAAUUUCUUUUGAAGGUUUCCUACAUAUAAUUGUCAUUUGGUACUAAUCACAAGAAAAAGGGAAUUACCUUUUGCUUUAUUUACAUACAAAAUUAAAUUAUAUUUUAUUCUUUGCACAAAUUCACAUCAUCUGUCUUUAGAUUAUACUGAGUGUUGAUCACAGUUUAUUCAUGGGAAAUGUACCAAACAAAUGGUGGUCCUAUUUUUUCCUGGGAUUUCUGUAAAAAUUACAAACUUAUUUCCUGGAAACAGCAAAAAGUCACGAGGCAAUUACAGACCAGAUUUUACUACUUAGACUCCACACUUCUGCUAUUUCAGAUGUUUCACAGACCAACUCUUUGUCCCACUGCCUAUUACAAGAUUGUACAAUAGCAUGGGAAGUUAAUUUAUCAUUUUCUUUUUCUCAGGCUUUUUAUUUCCCAUUUUGUAUUUGUCUUUUGUGCACUUUGUAACUGAUAGUUUUAUUUUGAAUUGUUUAGUUAUCAAUAUUAUUGAAUAUGUUUAACACUGACAGCCAGGAUUAUAGCCGGUUAUCAAUAAAUGGGCCAAUAUAUAUGUAUAUAUAUAUAUAUAUGUGUGUGUGUGUGUGGUAAUGACUAGUGGACCAUUAGUGACACAUCACUAUUUUUUGACAUCUUUGUCAUUAUUAUGCUAAUGACUUUUUGCUUUUCUAAAAUGCUUUUGUAAUAGUUAGACAAAAAAUCCAAAUAAUCCACUGUUAAUCUGUAUUUUCAUGAUUGUUUUGCACCAUUUGCUGUUUCCAUUUUGGUUACUCGGUCUAUUAACAUGGUUAACAGCUGGCAGUGUUGUUUUGCUCCGGACUGUUACAGUGCUACUUAUCCCAUAAAAAGCCAACAUAAUGAGCUGUGUUUGAAGUAGCUGUUUUGAUAGGGGAAGGAUUUAUUUUCAUUUUGCUUAUGUAAGACAAAAUAAUGGAUGCAUGUAUUUAUUAAUGAUGGAAUGUCUGCUCUCUCUUUUUUUUUUGUUUUUGCCUUUUUUAAAACUGUAGCACCACUUCAUUUGGUACAGCAACUCUUUGAAUGAUUUAAGUAUACUCAGAUCUAAGGUGUUUAGCAGCCUCCUUUUAGGAUUUAAAAUGUUUGAAGGUAGUGUGUGUGGAUUAAGUUAUGUUGGAAAAAAAAAACAACACAAAAGCAUUUUCUCUUAGAAGUUCAUUGUCCUGUUGGGAUGACAGGACUUUACACAGCCUAAGGUUUCAUUUGGUGAGGAGUGGGUUUUGCACUUUGGCUGGUAUCUUUGCUUUUGCCGGUAGAAGUUGGGACAAAUGUUGUGAUCGUGUAUAUUUCUGAUAAGACGCAGUAUUCAGUAAAGUCAACAUAAACACGUGUUUUCUUUAAAAAUAAUUUGUAGCUUGCUUAUUCAGUCAUCUUAAUCUUUAUAGUAUAUUAGAAACAAUUCUUUGCGUCAUUUAUUUUAUACUCUGUAAUUAACAAAUCAGCCCACAGCAGGGCCCAUGUUGGAUGAGGAGACAUGGACAUAGUUUAAAUUUGAACAUCUGCAGCUCCAUUACAAUCAGUGGCAAAACAUAACUAAACACAUGCAUUACAUUACUGAACAACUGAGGUACUUUUACGAGCAUUAUAAAUGUUGUAUGCUACAAUAAAGGUUAGCUCCACUGCAUUUUCAAGGCAAAUUGCUAGAUGUUGUAGUGGAUGAAACUCCACCCUAAAAAUUUACACACAUUUGUAAUACAAUAAUGCAAUAUACAGUACCAGAACACUUGGGAAGGGGGGGGAUUCUGCAUCAUCAUUGACACUUGUUUGCUGAUUGUGUAUCUCCAAAAAGAUUUAAAUACAGGAAUUACUUGCAAUGAUCUACAUGUGUGGUUUCUUUAAGAUGAACUGCACAUACACUAGUGUUCAAAAGUUUGGGGUCACUUUGAAAUUUCCUUAUUUUUGAAAGAAAUGCAGAUUUUUUUCAGUGAAGACAACAUUAAUGAGAAAUACAGUCGAGACACUUAACGUGGUAAAUGACUAGCUGAUUUUUUUUGGAAUAUCUCCAUAGGGGUACAGAGGAACAUUUCCAGCAACCAUCACUCCUGUGUUCUAAUGCUACAUUGUGCUAGCUAAUCUUGUUGAAAGGCUAAUUGAUGAUUAGAAAACCUUACACAAUUAUGUUAGCAUAUGAAUGAAAGUGUGAGUUUUCAUGGAAAACAUGAAAUUGUCUGGGUGACCCCAAACUUUUGAGCAGUAGUGUAUGAAUAUUAGAAGUUGGUAACACUGCUGCUACUGACCAGAAUGCAUUGUACAUCACUAAAGUGUCAACAUUCGAUACACAAGCAUUACUUUUGUCUAGCUACGGGUUAACCAAUUCACAACUUUUUGAUUGUGGUGUAUUAUAAAGUUAUGCAGACUUUAAAUUAUUUGAGUUCAUAGAUUGUUUCCAUCCAUGUUUGCAGUCUGCUUCACUUCCUCUUUUCUUACUAUUGAUCGGUCCAACAGAAAAUCUGGCAGAAUAAUAGAAAUGUGGAGCAGCAAUGAGAAAUACACCUGUGUUUUUGUGUGUUUCAGAAAUCAAGAUAUUGAAUUACAUAAAGUGGUUUACAAUGCAUGAUUUCUCUAGUACAGUUGAAAAAUGGAACUCGUACUAUUGUCUCAACUUGAUUGAAAUCCCUUGAAUGGAAAUGUUACUCCCCCAUUCAAACAGCAUAGAAACAUUGCUCGAUAUAACUACUAACAGUCAAAAACUCAACAAGAUUCCUUUAAGGGAAGAAUAAGUAACACUUUUGAACUGCUUCUAAAUGAUGAGAUUUAUUUAGUCAGCUAUUGUUUCCCAGAUUAAGCAUGAACUUUUAAUCUCUAGCUGUGAUCAAUGACUCCAGUAACCGUGCUUGACUUUUAAUCCAACAUCACUGUAAAGUUUGCCAGGUUUGAUUAAACUGUUUGCUGCCUUUAAA